AACUGCUGCUAAGCUGAUAACAGAGCCAUAGUCCCGAUAGCUCUCCACGAUAUUCAGCUCAGACUCCUUAAACUACUUUACUCAUAUAUUUACGCUGUUUCCCUCUUACCUACCCGUAUUCAGGCUCGGCCUUCCUGCGCUCGGUCUGAUUGGUGAACUGCUGGAGAGUGAAGGGGCUCUAAGCCAAUCAUUGCGCAGGAGGCGGGAGUUCUCUCGAAUACGGGCGGACAGAAAAACUAAGUAGUCGUAAAUUAACGGACCAGGCUGACGCCUGAGAGAGAGAGAGAGAGGAAAACCGACUUCUCUCAGCAGAAGACCAUCCAGUGUGAUUUUACUGAGCUGGGUGAUGGGGGCGCCUCCGGUGGUCUGUGUGGUCUUUCUCAGUGGAGUGUUUGUCUCUGCUCUCGGAGGAGAUAAACACUCUCUGUACUACAUUUACACCGUGCUCUCCAAAGAUGUCGCUCUACCAGGGAUCUAUGAGUUCACAGCACUCGGUCUGCUCGAUGACCGGGCCAUCGACUACUACAACAGUCAGGAACAGGUCAAGGUUCCUAAGCAGGACUGGAUGAAGGAGAAGAUGCAGCCAGAUUACUGGGACAAAGGCACCCAGUCUCGCAAGAGCAAAGAGCAGUGGUUCAAGGUCAAUGUGGAAAUCCUGAUGCAGCGAAUGAGACACAAUGAGACCGACCUUCACGUUCUUCAGUGGAGACAUGGCUGUGAGAUCGAUGAAGCAGAUGGAAAACCCACAUUUCUGAGAGGCAUUGUUGAGUACAGCUAUGAUGGCGAUGAGUUCCUCUCUUUUGAUGAUGAUAACAUGCGGUGGAUCGCUCCAGUUGCACAAGCUUUGCCAACCAAAAGGAAAUGGGAUGAUGUUCCCAUCCUGAACCAGUACAUCAAGGGUUACCUGGAGAGAGAAUGUGUGGACUGGCUCACCAAAUUCAUGCAGUACGGAAAAGAAUCACUGAGAAAUCACUCCAAACCAGAUGUUCAUGCACUUGCAAAGAAAUCUACAACUAACUCAGGCAGACUGAUCCUGACCUGCCUGGCCACAGGCUUGUACCCCAAAGACGUGAAGCUGAAUGUGAGGAAGUUCCAGACUUCACUGCCUGAACAUCUACUAAGAUCUUCAGGAGUCAGACCCAAUGGUGAUGGAACCUACCAGCUGAGAAAGAGUGUGGAGAUCCAGGAGGACAACACAGCAGAUUAUGACUGUUAUGUGACCCACAGCACCUUUGAAGAACCAAUAAUUACAACAUGGGACAUAAAGUGCAGUGAAUGCUGGAGCUCAAGUUCAGGACUAGUUGGAGGAGCAAUUAGUGGAGUGGUGGUGAUUCUGGGUGGGAUCAUCUUUGUCCUUAUCAACAUGUGGAUUACUGGUGCUGAAAAUGUUGAAACUGUGGUGUAUUAUGAGCAAGCCGGUCAAAAAGGGAACUCUAGGAAUUGAAUUCCACUGUAACUGAACUCCAGGAUUGUGCACCUGACUUUCUCACAGCACAGACUCUUUAUCUUACAUUUGUUAAGUCUGUGCUUUUACAUCAUUGUUAUGUUAAAGCUUGACUAUGUAAGAUUUGGGGAUGUGGAGACCUCUCUGGUGGAAAUGUGUAAUUGCACGCAGCUUGUAAUGUGGAUUGGCUUUGGACCCCUUCCCCAGCUGGAUUAAUCUGAUGACUGAGAGGAGAGUUUAAAGAGAACUCAGUCAAAAUUUGUUGAAGGUAACAUCUUGUGAGGAUGUGAGAGAAUUAUCCACUAUUGUGAUCAUUUGAUCAUCAGUUUAACGUUGGUUUUAAGGUCAUUUGAGGCCUAAACAUCAAGCCGGAUCUUCUUUUUGACCCUGUGCAUGUGAUGUUAAUAUGUAAAGAUGUAAGAUGUGGUGUGAAAAACUCCUGACCUCACACCUCUGACUUUUAUAUGAUUAUUUCAGGCUUUACAGAGCAACUCACAACAGUGCACACUCACCGUAUUUUAGCAUAAUU